CCACAUAACCACACUGAAUGCAAAAGGGCAAACAUUAGAUAAAGAUAAUUGCACAAUUAUUGGCACCUGCAGCCGGCAAACGCUGUAACGGAAUUUCGCGCGUUCAAAAGCCGAUGGCGCGCAUGGCAAAAACGCCGGAGGAGAAAGAUGAAGAGCUGCUGACUUUUCAUGUUUUGUUUUCUAAUCCAAUUAAGCGUGUGCCCUGAAUUUGGUGAUGACCCGCCGGUUCUGGCCAGUUGACCACCGCCCGUUGCAGCAGCUCCACAUUCCCGAAACUAUGAGCAGACUUACGUAAAUAUUGCAUGGUCAGUGCAUAUUUAAUUAUAGAUUAUGCGUAUACGCAAUGUAAAGCACUCGCAUUUCUCUGAGGACAACCGAAAGUAUUAAUUAAGCAAUUAAGUCGAUGUGGAAUAUCAAGGAAUCAUGGCUUCUCUGCGCGUAGUUAAUAGAAACAGACUAGUGUGCCGCGGCUUUGUGGCCCUUACUUUGCUGCUAGUCUUCUUCAAUGAGUUCAUAGUCUACUAUAUGGCUCAGUCCAGUUGGCAGCCAAUCGAUUGCAAGCUAGACAAUUGCACGCGCCUGCUGCUUAUUGCUGAUCCCCAGAUUCUGGGAAACUCCUACGAUCGCUCCUCGCACAGUCCUUUGGCCAGGUACGAUUCGGAUAGAUAUCUAGCCAAGACCUUCGAGCGAGCCCUAGCCUUCACGCAGCCCCACAUCAUCGUCUUUCUGGGCGAUCUGCUUGACGAGGGCAACAUAGCAACAGCCCAAGAGUAUAAGCAAUAUGUGCAGCGAUUUAGGCGCAUAUACCAGAACAAGAAGUUCAAAAAGCGAGUCCAUGUGCCGGGAGACAACGACAUUGGCGGCGAGAAUGGCGACUACAUAUCCAACUCGAACCAAAGGCGGUUCGAGAAUGAAUUCAUGAGUGAGGACCUCUUCGACUAUGACAAUCACUUGCGUUUCUUUAAGAUCAACCGCAUGCUGCUGGACUUUACCAAUCCGGAUAGGGAUAACAAUGCCGAUCGGCUAAGGAUUGGCGUCUCGCACGCUCCUUUGCUGAUUGGCGGCGGACCCUUGCUGAGGGCCAUUAUCAGCGACUUGGACCCACAUAUCAUUUUCUCGGGGCACUGGCACGAAUCGAGAAUAUUUAUUUACCCCUCCACCAAGGUGAUAAACUUUUAUGAGAACGCUGUAAGGCACUUCGAUCUGAAGGCCUUGAAGGAGCAGGAGCAUAGCUAUUUGGAGAUAAUGGUUCCCACCUCCUCGUACCGCAUGGGAAAGUCUAAAAUCGGCUUGGGCUAUGCGGUUUUAGAAAACUACAACCUAAGCUACACAGUUUUGUGGCAGCCAAAUCGCUUCAUCCUGCUCUUCACCUACGUCUUCUGGGGACUAUUUGUCGUCUGCGGUGCCGUCGUCUUCAAAAUGAUGACCCGCUGCCCAUUCCGCGUGGCCAAAAGGCAGACGCUCUACAAUCGCGUCUCGACCAUACCUCAAUUUUAGACUGCACUCCCAAUUCCUCACGGACAAUAAGCCCAAGAUUCUCUGUAAUUGCUCGAAUGUACCAGUCAAAAUGAGAUUGAAAUUGUAUUUAUAAACAAGUAGAUCAUAAUCUGAUAGUAUUGUUUUGUAAGCUUUACAAUUGAUUGUACAUUACCUAACCUAAAACGAAUUUUUAGUUCAAAUUAGGAAGUAAAAGUAUCCCGUGUCCUCCAUAUCUAUUUUCAAAUUGCGCAUAACAUUUUUGUUGGCUUUUGAAUUGUAUUUAUCUUAGCAAUGCAAAAUGUGUUGUUCAAAUAAAAUCAGGAUGUAAACCAAA